GUAGGAAGGUGUGUGUGUGUGUUUGUGUGUAUGUGAAAUGUGUUGUUGAUGCGGAGACUGAAUCGACACAUAUCUGACAGUAGGAACGGGGUCAGCGGUGAAAAAGAAGGACAUAUUGCAGUCACUUCGUCCCCCUGGUGACUCCUAUGUCUGUCAGCGUGGUGGGUCUAACCCAGAAAAUCCGUCGUUUUACAAUGGGUUGUGGGAGAUCGGCUCAACUCGGAGAAUCCUCUUGCAGCUGUUUAGAGAGCCGGGGAUAGGACCAAGACGUUGUGUUGAACCAAUGAGGGUGGCCUCCUCUCUUUUGUCCUCUGUUUUCGGCCGGGUGUCUGGCAGCCAAGUCGUGCACAGUGCGUAAAUGCGCUCGGAGCAGGCAGAACGAUCUCCGAACAAAUGUUGAAAUCCUGUCUUUUUCUGACACAGUGGUAGUUAAUCGAUUUCUUCAUAGUUCCGCUGAGCGGAUGGAGUGAAUUGUGCAGACGGGGGGAGAGACAGACCGCAGUUUGGUUGCGUGUGAUGAUAGGAGACACAAUGACGCUCUUGUCUCUUUUGGGUCGGAUCAUGCGUUAUUUUCUCCUCAGGCCGGAGACAUUGUUUCUGUUAUGCAUAAGCCUGGCGCUGUGGAGUUAUUUCUUCCACACGGACGAAGUCAAAACCAUCGUCAAGUCCAGUCGAGAUGCGGUGAAGAUGGUGAAGGGGAAAGUGGCAGAAAUGAUGCAGAAUGACCGGCUGGGAGGCCUCAGUGUCCUGGAUGCAGAGUUCUCCAAAACCUGGGAGUUCAAGAAUAACAACGUAGCCGUGUACUCCAUACAAGGGAGGAGAGACCACAUGGAGGAUCGCUUCGAGGUGCUCACUGACAUCACCAACAAGAGCCACCCGUCCAUAUUCGGGAUAUUUGAUGGUCAUGGUGGCGAGGCUGCAGCUGACUAUGUGAAGGCCCACCUGCCCGAGUCCCUGAAGCAGCAGCUGCAGGCCUUUGAGAGAGAGAAAAGAGAGAGCGCUCUCUCGUACGCCAGCAUUCUCGAGCAGCGCAUCCUGGCUGUGGAUCGUGACAUGCUGGACAAGCUCUCUGCAAACCACGAUGAAGCAGGAACGACAUGUCUGAUAGCGCUGCUGUCAGAUAGAGAGCUCACAGUGGCCAAUGUUGGAGACUCGCGUGGUGUGUUGUGUGACAAAGAUGGGAAUGCUGUCGCCCUAUCGCAUGACCACAAGCCGUAUCAGCUUAAAGAGCGCAAGAGAAUCAAGAGGGCAGGAGGCUUCAUCAGUUUUAAUGGAUCGUGGAGAGUCCAGGGCAUCCUCGCUAUGUCCCGCUCCCUCGGGGAUUACCCACUGAAGAACCUUAACGUAGUCAUUCCCGACCCCGACAUAAUGACCUUUGACCUGGACAAACUGCAGCCAGAGUUCAUGAUCCUGGCCUCUGAUGGCCUGUGGGAUGCCUUCAGUAACGAGGAGGCAGUGCGCUUUGUCCGCGAGCGCCUGGACGAGCCUCACUUUGGUGCCAAGAGCAUCGUCCUACAGUCUUUCUAUCGUGGCUGCCCUGAUAACAUCACCGUCAUGGUAGUGAAGUUUAAAAGUGGAGCAGGGGGGAACAGCAAGGCAGGGGAGUAGGUGAGGGUCGAGUUUAAAGCUUGCGUCAUGAUCAGUAUAUUUUCCCCCCAUCUUCUGGAUGUAUCAGUAAGUACAUCAUCACGGAAGGACUGGGAGAAGUAUAGAUUUCGACUGGGCUUUUAACUAAUGCACACGCAUACAGAGAAAUGUACACACACACACACACACACACGCAAUGAUAUGAGAAAAUGAAGCUCAAUUUAAUUUGACUUGAUGGAGAAAAGGGCAUUUAAAUACAAUACAGUUCACAGCCAUCUGCUAAACGGAUGAGGAAUUGAUUAAAAUAUUGAAGUACAGUAUCAAGACUACCAGACACAGGGGAGGGGGGGGGGUCUUUUAACCAGCACACAUUAGACUGUGAUGACAUCACUGCUGUUUACUGUACAUGCACACGCACACGAAUGGUACAGGUCCACUGGAGGCUUCUGCAGAGGAGGCUUCAACCAGUGCCUGCACAACAAUUACUGUCCAUCUGCAAAAACACCACCCGGCUUGCUGCAUUUUGAUGAUUCUCUGAUUGUAUGCAUUUGUUAGACUUUCAAACAGGAAUAAUAAUUUCUCAAAUGUAAGAAGACUCCAGUGGAUCCAUACCUCUACUUAAUUUCUGAUGACAAUACACACACAUCACUUUUGAGCAUUAAGCACCUAUUUUGUGGCUUGAGGAGUGACGAUAAAGCUUUGGGAGAUUUAUUGUUUUUGCAUUUAUUUAAAGUCCAUGCUCAGUACAGCAGAUUUUAAAACUAAGCAGUCACAUAAAGAGAAGGAGGUAGAAGGUAAGCACUGACAAGGGCUCGUGGCUUGGAGCACCUGAUAAUUCACUGACCAAAUAAAAGCUAAAUAAGUUGGGUUUUUUUUUAAAUAUUGCACAUCAAUUUAAUCAACUUAGAAUAGGCAUAAAGAUGAUCUGAAUGUCCAUAAUUUCUCAAAAUGUGUUUAAAUGUUGAGGGUCAGCUGUUUCACUGCAUUAAGAUUGACAAAAGAAAAUAAUCAGUUCUGGUUCUUAUCCUUCAAGAUCUCCAAUAGAGUGGACUCAGAUGUUUCUACGGCUAUUUGAACAUUUACAUCUAGUUCGCAGACAUGGAUUAAGCAUGAUCCUAAACCAUAAACUUUAAUCAGUGUUGAUCUUCAUUUAAUUUUUCUUUUAGUCUGGUGCUUGUUUCAAUCCAUGCCUGGGAAACCUGGUGUUAUUUUUUUCACCUCUGAAGAAUCCUUAAUCAACAUUAACCUAACCGAGUGACUUUAAAGGCUGAAACUUAACAUUUUUAAAGAAAUUUAUCAAGUCUGUAGAAGGUGUGUGAUACUCAAAAGUGAAAUUUAUGUGUGGAAUGCGACUUUAACUACAACACACACAUACACCACAUGAGCCACAACCUUAUAACCACCUAUCAAAUAUUGUGUGAUCCUUGCCAAACACCUCUGAUCCAACAGUGUAUUCACUGGAAUUCUGAGAGGUUCCUUUGGUGUGUGGGACAGGGAUGUUGGCACUGGAUGCUUUGGCUCAUGUGGGUUUCACGGUGGUGGCUCUAAUCUGAUGCCCAGUUGGCUCUCGAUUUUGGGUCCCUGGAGUUAUUCGUAGGCAGUUUUAUAUAGUGGUUGAAAGUGCGUUGCCUUGCUGGGAGAGGCCAUUCUUGGUCUGCAGCAGUGUUUAAGUGGGUGAGAUGUCAUCAAGGUUAUUUGCUCCACUUGUCAGUGGUUUUAAUGUUGUGGCUUAUACAUGUAACUUCCACAGAAAUACAUAUGGUUCUAAAAAAAAAUGCACUUUUCAGAGGUUUAUUUUUUGGAAUGGUAAAUUCUUACAUAUCAGCAAACGUAAACACUGUUUACCCUCAGCAACGCAAGAGGGUUUCACUCUACGUCGAGCCCCACACUCACCUGUUUGCGAGGCUACGGAGGAAACGCAAACUGUUCCAUCCAAGUGGACUUACACUGUCUGUAUCAGGGCAUGUGCUUCAGCUUAACCAUGUUCACGAACGAAUGACCUAACGGCGUGCAGCAACGUCCACUGGUGGCUGUCUUUGACCUGCGAAGCACACGAAGCGAAGAGGUGCAACGGACACACCUCGACCACGAAAGACUAAAAGACUAAAAGAUGUCGCAUCACGAACUGUACAGCUGCAGCCAGAAUGCUUGUAAUUAGAAAUACGAUAUGCUCCCGAAGCAAUACAACUGGUGUCAGUGACGGCAGCAGUCUGUCAAGGAAAGUUACCGUAAACCGUGCUUGAUUUACUGCUGUUUUAAAUUCACCUUUUACCACUGUGUAUCAUGACUUCAUCAGUCGACAGAGGGGAUUUUUGUUCAUUUUGUUUUCUUUCUUUUAUUUUAACAGUUUACCCAAUGCCUUAUUUAUUGUUAUGUUUUUUGGAUGUCUCAGGCAGAUUGCCAGACCAGUAUGAUGUAUUUUCAGUUUUGUCCUUCUGUACAUGAGCAGAAGUUUACAAUAAAACAAGUACCCGUGAUUUUAA